UAUACGUGUCACCAUAUGCAACCCUGCGAUUCAUUUUCUUACAGGCAUACUCAGUAAAUCCAUAACAGAAUAACAAUAACCAUAAUGGAAUCAAUGAAAGACCGCACUAACUCAGGCAUUCAACCAGUGUUUAAAGGACAACAAACUGUGCAAAGACAAAAGCAAGAAAUAAUACUACUAAUAAAAAAUAAUCAAUAAAUAUUGAGAACGUGAGAUGAAGAGUCCUUAAAAGUGAGUCCAGAGGUAGUGGGAAUAUUUCAAUGAUGGGGCAAGUGAGGUUGAGUGAAGUUAUCCCCUUUGAUGGUUGAGGGGUAAUAACUCUCCCUGAACCUGGUGGUGUGAGUCCUGAGGCUCCUGUUCCUUCUUCCCAAUCGCCACAGCAAGAAGAGAGCAUGUCCAGUUACCUGUAUGAAUCGUUGGUGAGGUCACACAGAUUAUUCUGUGUAAUUCUGGUUGCUCCAUUCCAGGAAUGAUGUGCAGGCUUUGGAUACGGUGAAGAAAUUCGGCAGGACUUUCCCAAAAACGGAAAGUAUAAGCUAUAUGUAGGGGUUAGACUGACUGGGGUUUUCUUUGGAAUGGAGGAGGCCGAGGAGAGACCUGAUAGUUUAUAGAACUAUGAGAAGCAGGGACAGAGGGGAUGACAGGAUAUUUUUUGCCGAGAGUAUUACUGGCGGAGAGAGCUAAAGAUGGUGCCAGAGGUUUUGCAGACCAAGACACCUUAGUCCAACUUGUUCACAAAACAGCUUAAUUUUCUCUUCUCAUGCCUCUAUUUUUCUUGUUAAUGUGUCUGAGGUCCUGUCAGAGUCUGCGAUCUACAGCUGCAGCUCAAACUACCGGUUCUUCAUGGGUGGUGGGUUCUCACUCUUGGAUUUGCUGAGUUGCUUCGUGUGUUAAUAUCUCCAGGUGCAGCCUGGAAGACGUGCGCCUUUGGAGUGCGGCCCUGUGGACAACCCGAUUCCUCGCUGAUGUCAGAAAUGUCGCAGGAGAUUGAAACGUUGCAACAGCAGAUGGCGUAUGCUGUCGUCUAAAUAAGGCCCCUGCGCUCAGAUGAUCUCUCUCUCUCGACGAUGAGGAGCGUCUAGCUGGAGAUCUGGUACAAACGACGUGGCAGACUCUAACAUCGCAGCAGUGAGCUGUUGGUAUCCCCUCUUGCUGUCGUAGGAGCAAUCUCUCGCUUUCCCUCUCUCUCGUGAGAGAAAGAGAGCAAGCCUGUCUGAGAUGUCCCAGUGUUGGUAUGGACAGUAGCUUUUGAUGGACCCGAGAUCAAGGUCUCUGGUCUCUGGGAGCUAUGCUGUUGCUUGCAUGGUGGGUGGUAGGGUUGAUGCCUUUGCUGCUGCUUGUGCAUGGGAGGGGGAUGGCAGGCGGGAUUUAGGGUUCUAACGUUUUCUGUCAUUCUUUGUGGUUGUGAAACAGGGAUGGCGCUGGGGUGGCUGGUUGGGCUCUGUUUGCUGUGUGAGCUUCAAACAGCAAGGUAUUUCAUUGCAGCCUGCUAUGUCUGACAAUAACAUCAUCUGAAUCCGCAUCUGAUAACUUGCGAGUGUGGGAUGAGUAGUAUGAUUUAACCACACUGAGGGAUAUUAAACGUCAAUCGAGGGGAAUAUUUAGUUACACCUUCCUGCUUAUUUACUUUUAUCCCCUCACUGGGGUAUUUACUCCUGGAACUUACACUCGUUCGGGUUAAAAUGCGGCGCCUGAAGCUGCUGAGCUUCUGUCUUCUGCGCUCUUCCUUUCCAGUCGUGGGGAAGGGCCUCGUCCCGAAACAUCGACAGCAAACUUCCCUCCCGACGCUGCCCGUCCCUCUGAGCUCCUCUCAGCUGUUCGUGCGAUUGCCGCUUCAGUGUUCCCCGGAACCAAAACUCUGAGCUGCCGGCCCGACGGAAGGGUUUGAUUGAAGGACACAGUACUUCCGGUGUGUGGGAACAGCUCGGUGGUGGAUGCACAUGUUACUUUGAAAGGGAGACGAUGGAGGAGACUAAGAAGGUGCAUCGACAGAAGCACAGUGGGCCCAAAGCGGUGAGGAAGAAGCAGCGUCGGCUGAAGAACCUGGGCAUUGGAGAUGAAGCGAGUGCGAGGGAGAGAAAUCCGAAGGCGUUCACUGUUCAGUCUGCCGUGCGCAUGGCUAGAACCUUCCACAGAGCACAAGACUUGAAGACUAAAAAGCACCAUGUCCCUGUGGUUGACCGGACACCGUUGGAGCCCCCACCUAUUGUAGUUGUUGUCAUGGGACCCCCUAAGGUGGGAAAGAGUACUUUAAUUCGGUGUCUAAUUCAAAACUUCACCAAACAAAAAUUAACGGAGAUCAGGGGUCCAGUCACUAUAAUUGCAGGUAAGAAGCGCCGUCUUUCAAUUAUUGAGUGCGGAAACGAUACCAACUCAAUGAUCGACUUGGCCAAAGUGGCUGAUUUGGUUUUAAUGCUGACUGAUGCUAGCUUUGGGUUUGAGAUGGAAACUUUUGAAUUCCUAAACAUCUGUCAAGUUCAUGGUUUUCCCAAAAUCAUGGGUGUGCUCACCCACUUGGAUGCCAUUAAAAACAACAAGCAGUUAAAGAAGACAAAGAAAAGAUUAAAGCAUCGGUUCUGGACUGAGGUCUACCAGGGUGCAAAGCUCUUUUAUCUGUCAGGAAUGGUGCACGGACAGUAUCAGAAACAGGAGAUUCACAACUUGAGCCGAUUUAUCUCUGUGAUGAAGUUUCGGCCACUGAUGUGGCAAAUGGCACAUCCUUACGUCUUGGCUGACAGAAUGGAAGAUCUGACCAACCCGGAAGAUGUACGAGUAAAUCAGAAGUGUGACCGUAGAAUUUCAAUGUAUGGUUACCUGCGUGGGACAUAUCUCAAAGCCAACAGUCAAGUUCAUGUACCUGGUGUUGGUGAUUUCAUGGUGAAUAAAGUCGACUUCCUUCCUGAUCCCUGUCCACUUCCAGAGCAGCAGAAGAAACGGUCUUUGAAUGAGAAAGAGAAGCUGAUCUAUGCCCCAAUGUCUGGAGUUGGUGGCAUUAUUUAUGAUAAAGAUGCCGUGUAUAUUGAUUUAGGUGGAAGCCAUGCACACAGAGAUGAGGAAGAACAAAGGCCAACCGAUGAGUUGAUGCAGAGUCUUAUUACAACUCAUAGUACUAUUGAUAACAAAAUGGUUUCCAGCAAAGUUUCUCUCUUCAUGGAUUCCCAUCCUCUGGAAUAUGAAGAAUUGACAGAAAUCAGAUUCAAAAUGCCCAAGGAGGAAAAACAGAUUGAUCCAGAGAAUGGACGGGUGAGACGUAAAGCUGUAUUUGAUGAUGAGGGUGAUGAUGAAAUGAGUCAAAGUGAUGAAGAAGGUUAUGACUCUGAAAGUUGUAAUGAAACAGACAAUGAAAAUGAGGAAGCAACCAACAGUCAAGACGAGACUGACCAUAAAUCAGAAUAUUAUCCCCAGCUGCCUAAAGCCUUGAAGUUGGAGGGGCCAGAUGCAGAGGCUACAGUAGAAAGGCCGGCAUUUGCUGAUGAUGACUCUGAGAUUGAUUCAGAGGCGCAGGUGACUGAUGAGUCUGAUCCAGAGGAUGAUAUUGUCGGUGAUUCUUCAGAGACUUUACGUACUAGUAACAAAACACUAAAGGAGCAACCAGUGAUGAAAAGAACUUUGCAAGGAAUUUCAAAUCGUAAGCAGAAAGAUGAGGCGCUGACAAUGUCAGCGAUGGAUACUUCUGAAGAGGGUGAAAAUGUAAACUUACUUGUGAAACAGACAAGGUCAGAGUUGUCAGAAGACCUGCUACAUCAAAGACACUGUGACACUGAACAGUUACUAAAAGACGAUUAUGAAGAAAAGACUGAUUUAAUUGUUGAGACACCAGGAUCGUUGAAGUGGAAAGAAGGUCUCGCACAGCGAGCAGCAGAUGUCUUUGCACAACAGCAGUCAGCUCCAAACCUCCAGAAGCUGGUCUAUGGAGCAGUUAGUGAAGACAAGGAGGAUGAGGAAGGUGAUAUACUGGGAGGAAUUUUCCAUGUUAGCAAACAAGGCCAAGAAUCCAGAAGCAAAGAUAGUGGUGUGGAUUCCUCAAUAUUUCUGGUGAAAAACCUUCUUGACUGGGACUUGGAAGAGGUAAGGAAUAGUAUCCAGGAUUGCUUUGUGACUGGAAAAUGGGAAUCGGAUCAGGAUGCCACAGCUCUCCUUGAAGAAGAUGACUCUGUAUACGGAGCAUUUGAGGAUCUGGAGACGGGGGAAGUUCAUAAAGGGAAACCUGAAGCGCUAAAACAAAGUCACGAGGACGAUGAUAUAACAGAUGCUGAAGAUGACAACGAUCCUGGAAAGCCAAAGGAGGAAGAAGAACAGACCAAGCGCUUAGAGAAAAAGCGGAAAUUGAAGGAAAUGUUCAACGUUGAGUAUGAUGGUGGAGAUGGAACUUACUUUGAUGAUCUGAAGGAUGAAAUGCAGAAGCAAGCACAGCUUAACCGUGCUGAAUUUGAUGACCAAAAUGAUGAAAUCCGGAUUCAGUAUGAAGGUUUUAGACCUGGAAUGUAUGUACGAGUUGAGAUCGAGAAUGUACCUUAUGAAUUUGUGGCGAAUUUUGACUCCCAUUAUCCAUUGAUACUUGGUGGCUUGGGAAGCAGCGAAGGAAAUAUAGGAUACCUGCAGAUGCGUUUAAAGAAGCAUCGAUGGCACAAGAAGAUUCUGAAGACCAGGGACCCUUUAAUCUUCUCCUUGGGCUGGAGACGCUUCCAGACUAUUCCGCUCUAUCACAUUGAGGAUCACAAUGGGCGUCAUAGGCUGCUCAAGUACACACCUGAGCACAUGCACUGUACUGCUACUAUUUGGGGUCCAAUCACUCCACAAGGCACAGGGUUUUUCGCCAUUUCAUCUAUGGUUGGUAGUUCGAGUGAUUUCAGAAUUGCAGCAACUGGUGUGGUGCUGAACCUCGAUAAAUCCAUAAAUGUUGUUAAAAAACUCAAAUUGGUUGGAUUCCCUUUCAAGAUGUACAAGAACACGGCCUUUAUAAAGGGAAUGUUCAACUCUGCGCUGGAAGUUGCCAAGUUUGAGGGUGCGUCACUCCGAACUGUAAGUGGAAUUCGUGGUCAGGUGAAGAAAGCACUUCGUUCCCCAGAGGGUGCAUUCAGGGCCUCCUUUGAAGACAAGCUGUUAAUGAGUGAUAUUGUCUUCAUGAGGACGUGGUAUCCAGUUUCAGUGCCGAAAUUCUAUAAUCCAGUUACCUCCUUGCUUCGGCCAAAUACUGAAAGGGAGAGUUGGACUGGAAUGCGGACCGUUGGACAACUCAAGCAUGAUUUAAGUAUUAGGAUGAAACCAAACAAGGAUUCCUUGUACAAGACCAUUGAGAGAAAGAUGAAGCAUUUUAGUCCCCUGUACAUCCCCAAGAUGCUGCAAAAAGCCCUACCCUUCAAGAACAAACCCAAAACUCAAGAGAAACUUGCUAAAGUACCACGUGAUAAAAAGCGCGUCACCGUUAUAAGAAGUGCACAUGAGAAGAAGAUCUCAGCCCUGAUCGCUGCUCUGAGCACAGUUAACAAACAUAAAGUACUGAAACAGCAGAAAAAAGAAAAGCAACAGCAUAAGGAGUUCCUUGCACAGAAACAGAAAGAGGAAGAGGCGAAGAUUAAGAGGCAAAAAGAAGCUCGAAAGAAAAUCUAUCGAGUUCUGGGUCAGAAGGAGAAACGCAAAAUGAAAUCUAGCCUUAAGGGCCCUGGAAAAGACUGAAGUACCAGGCCUUCCUGGGUCACUGCAGGCACUGGUGUCUGCAGGAAACUGAUGAUGCAAAACAUAACAUAUCAUUAGAGAUCAUUGUUCAUCUUUGCACAUCUUUUGUGAAGUGCCAUCCACAAACAAUUUGAUUUCAUACAGAGAUGGAUUCUUGGGCAAAAGGGGAGUGUGGUUAACAAUUAAAUAUUCCCUGCCCUAUAUAAUGCAUUCUUAGAAAAACAGGCAAAUUACCUUUGUGUUACUAAUUUUUGGUUAUUAAAAUGAAAAUUGUAGAAUUAGUGCCUGACAGUGGUUGCAGUUGGAAGCUGAGAGUCUUUGAGGCAAGGUUUUUGAACUGAGCCCUGCAGAAGUGCACUCUGCAUUGUACACACCUCUUCAUGGAGUCAGCCUUGGGAAAAAUUGCUGGAGUUGAGCCCACUUGAGAGAGUAUAUGCACAACAAUAUCUUGUUUGGGAAAAGCAAGUAAAUGUCUCAGACUAACUCUUCUCCAAUCUGAUUGGCACCCACUCUAGGAAGCUAAACUAGUAGCCUGCACCAGAGCUGAUAUAAUCUGCAUCAGAAAUGCAUUAAUAAAAAGUAGAGAAAUGGGCAUAACCUUAAUCUGAGUUGGGUUAAUAAGAACCAAAGUAAAGCUCCCUCAGGCUUCUGUUAUACGGUCUUGGAUUUAAUCUGACUGGAGGUCAGAAUGGGAUUAAUAAGUAGCAUAAGUGGCCAUAAUCUACAUCUGAAAUGAAUGAAACAGAUACAUUUAUUAUAAAAUGAAAAUAAUUAAUUAAAAGAUCAUUGGGAUGAAUAACCUCAGAGUAAUACAGUAUUGAAACAGGCCUUCAGUCCAUCUGGUCCAUGUCAACCAUGAUGCCUACAAAGCUGGUCCCAUUUACCUGCUAAACCCCUUCUAACCACGUAAUUUCUCCAAAUGUCUAUUAAACAUUAUUACUCUACCUACCUCAACUACCUCCUCUAGCAACUUGUUCCAUAGACCCACCAUAUUCUGCAUGAAUAAAUUGCCUCUUAUGUCCCAUUUAAAUCCUUUCCUUCUCACCUUGUACCUUUGUUCUCUGAUCCUUAGUUCCCCUUCACUAGGAAAAGGAUUGUUCUUACCCAUGUUCUAAAGAAUAACAUCGUAGCCUGCUUAACCUUUCCCUAUAACUCAGGCCCGUGAGCAUUAGAAGAGUCCUCAUAAAUCAUCUCUGCACACUUUGUAGUUUAAUGAAGGCCAUCCAAAAUGAAAACAACCAAAAUUAUACACUUUACUGCACGUGCAACAUAAUGUCCCAACUCCUAAACUCAGGAGUCAGUACCCUGCUAAUAAAUGCAGAAGUGAAUUAAUCAUGUGCAGCGGGGCAGGCAUAACCCAUAUAAGAAUUAAGUUAAUACAAAUCACCAGGACAGCAUCAAUCAACAUCAAACAUGAAUGAAUGUAUCAGAACAGGAUUAAUAAUAAGUAAAGAGCAGAUGUAAAGUACAUCUGAAAAAUUAACGAGCACUGGGAUAGGUAUAUCUCAUAUAAGAGCCAAAUGAAUUAACAGAUACUAGGGCAAAUGUACCACUUCAAAGUUGAUUGCAUGCAUGAAUGAGGGUAUAAUCUGUGUCAGAAAUGAGUAAGAGUCAGGGCAUGGGGAAAAUCUAAAUCUGAGUUGGGCUUAUAAGAAGCAUUGGAGUGUGUUUAUCCAAAAACUGAACUAAAUACACGAAGCAGAGUGGCAAGUGUGGAUGAUGGGACAGAUAAAGCAUGACAUAUUCUGUUGUGCUCAAUUUAUUACGGAAGAUCCAUUACUGUAUGAUUACUAAAUGUUAUGUAUGGCCAGAUCUAAAGUUUUCUUUGUUUGGAUAACCAUGUACUGAUCUUGGAAACUGCCUCUAAAUACUUUACAGGAACAUGACCUCGUGAAUAAUUUGCCAAUUUAUUUUUCCCAGAAUGAAGAUUAAAGUUAUAUAGAACAGUA